GCGGCGGCCGGCGUGGGCGGGCCGGGCCGGGCCGGGGGCGCGCGGAGCGGCCCCGCCGCGACAUGUAACCAUGGACUGCAGGACCAAGGAAAAUCCAGAAAGAACCUUUGACUUGGUAUUGAAAGUGAAAUGUCAUGCCUCUGAAAAUGAAGAUCCGGUGGUGUUGUGGAAGUUCCCAGAGGACUUUGCAGACCAGGAGGUACUGCAGACUGUGUCAAAGUUCUGCUUCCCCGUUGACGUUGAAAGAGUGUCUCAGAAUCAAGUUGGACAGCACUUUACCUUUGUACUGACAGACAUUGAAAGUAAGCAGAGAUUUGGAUUCUGCCGACUCACGUCAGGAGGCAAGAUUUGCUUAUGCAUCCUCAGUUACCUGCCAUGGUUUGAAGUGUAUUACAAGCUUCUAAAUACUCUGGCAGAUUACUUGGCUAAGGAACUGGAAAAUGAUUUGAAUGAAACUCUCAAGUCGCUCUAUAACCACCCGGUACCAAAGGCAAACACCCCUGUCAGUUUGAGUGUGAACCAAGAGGUAUUUAUUGCCAGUGAGCAAGUUCUGAAAGAUCAGCCCUCCCUGGCAGCGCCCUACUUCAUUGCCCCUGAUAGAACUGGACUCCCAACGAUACCCGAGAGUAGAAACCUGACGGAGUACUUCGUGGCGGUGGACGUGAACAACAUGCUGCAGCUGUACGCCAGCAUGCUGCACGAGAGGCGCGUCGUGGUCACCGCCAGCAAGCUGAGCACCUUAACUGCCUGUCUGCACGGCUCGGCCGCCCUGCUGUACCCCAUGCACUGGCAGCACAUCUUCAUCCCAGUCCUCCCGCCACACCUGCUGGACUACUGCUGGUGUGGGCAAGGCUGCACAUGUGAGAGAGCUUGGGAGUCGCCUGCCUUGUUUUGUACAAGUCGCCUAAAGCCAGUGGUGGGAUCCCAGAGUGGUUGGUGUGCCCCAAUGCCAUACCUGAUUGGAAUACACUCCAGCCUCAUAGAGAGAGUGAAAAAUAAAUCACUGGAGGACGUGGUUAUGUUAAAUGUUGACACAAACACUUUAGAAUCACCAUUCAAUGACUUGAACAGCCUCCCGAGUGAUGUGGUCUCGGCCCUGAAAAAUAAACUGAAGAAGCAAUCCACAGCUACGGGAGAUGGAGUGGCCAGGGCCUUCCUCAGGGCGCAGGCUGCUUUGUUUGGAUCCUACAGAGAUGCACUGAGAUACAAACCUGGUGAGCCCAUCACCUUUUGCGAGGAGAGCUUUGUAAAGCACCGUUCAAGUGUGAUGAAACAGUUCUUGGAAACUGCAGUUAACCUCCAACUUUUUAAGCAGUUUAUUGACGGUCGACUGGCAAAGCUAAACGCAGGGCGGGGCUUCUCUGACGUAUUUGAAGAAGAGAUCACUUCCGGUGGCUUCUGUGGAGGCAGCUCGAGGUCAUAUCAGCAGUGGGUGCAUACGGUCAAGAAAGGAGGUGCACUGUUCAACACAGCAGUGACCAAAGCAACUCCCGCUGUACGAACCGUGUAUAAAUUUGCUAAAAAUCACGCCAAGCAGGGGAUAAAGGAAGUGAAGAGUAAGCUGAGACACAAGGAAAACGAGGAAGAUUAUGGAACUUGCUCUGGUUCUGUGCAGUACACACCAGUUUACACGUUACACAGUGAAAAGGGGGAAAACCUCGCAAGGCGUAAGCUUGCCCAGCCGCGCUUAAGAAGGACCCUCAAGAGCCUCGAUGGUGCUCUGUGUGAGGAUGACGGUGAUGACAUCGAGAGGGCGAGCAAGUUGUCUUCUGAAGAUGGUGAGGAAGCGUCUCCCUACUUUUACGAAAGUGACGACUCCCUUGAGAUGAGAGCGAAGGCCCCGUACUCGGGCGAGAUGGACUUGCUGGGCGAGAUCCUCGACACGCUGAGCACCCACAGCUCGGACCAGGGGAAGCUGGCGGCGGCCAGAAGCUUGGACUUCUUCAGGUCGAUGGACGAUAUUGAGUACCAGCCCACGAGUAAGUCCAGCGCCCCAAGCGAGAGCAGCCUAGGCCCACUCUGCAGUGGCUCAGGGGACCAGGCUGAGUGGCACCUGGGGCAGGACGACAGUGCCCUGCACGGCAGGCACCUGCCCCCCUCGCCCAGGAAGCGGCUGUCCUCAGGUGCGGCGACCGAGUCCCUGUUCAUCCUGAAGGAGGAGAGCAGGGAAACACCGGGGAAGCCGGCUCCGCCGUCGGGGCCCGCUGUGCAGCUGGCCUCGCCCGAGACCGCCACCGCGGAGAGCAGGGACACACUAAGCCAGCCUCCCGAUGACCCGCUGGAGCCCAGCCUCGGACGGCGCUCUUCCACCUUUGUUCCUUGGGAGAAAGAAGGGAGAGGAGCCGAGGAUGCGGCAGAAGGUGCCGGACUGCUCCAGGAAGUGGUGUCCCUGUGUCACAUCACAUCUGCCUUCCAGCAGGACCUCAACAUUUCAGAAGGAAAAACAGGUGGAAACCAAGCCUGAAUCAGCAGUGAGAGUCGGACACUUGACGCAGCGCCGCCGGAGGUGUGGGAGGCCCCAGGGUAAAUCUGCAUCGCCAGCAGUGCUGUGCGGGAAUGACCGCCCUCACUGCUGCCUGCAAGUUACCUGUCCUUUGGAGCGUUCACUGCCCCACCUCGUUCCCCUUGUGUGUAGAUUAGCCCUUAAUUCUUAAAUGUAAAGCUAAUUGUUCCAUGUGGUCUUGAAUCAGGUACUAGUUUGUACGUAUGUUGGAAGUAUAUACUGAACACAUGAUUUCCCAGUAUUUGGUGCUUAAUGCCACCUCGCUUGUUUAAGCUAGUCUGCGUGUGUGACCCUUGCACAUAACCAGUAGCUCCUGCACUAACCUGGUCGAACGUGAACUGGCCGAGAUCUCAAAACCUCUCAGAACUAGCCUGAAACUGCUGAGAGUGUCAACCCACUCAUUGCCUUAAUCUUAAGCCUAUACAUUAAGCAUACUUACAUAAUUUAUGGAAAUACAUACAAAUUUUGAAAGAUAAGUUAUAAGUGUUCUGCAGAGCAAUAAUGCCUUUUUCUAGUCAUUGAGUCAAGGACAAAAAAUUCAUUUUUUCGAAGUUAAAAAGCUCUCUUGUGGACACUGCAGCCAUGUUUUCCAAAAUACGUAAAGGUACACACUUACCUGUCACUCAGUGAAGUAUAUGAAGUGCUGAAUUACAAUGUGAAAUUAAUGACUUCUGUUUACAGAUGACACUUUAAAUUUUUUCACCGUCCCUCUGCUUGCCUUUGCUAAGUAAGAAUCACUCCCAGAAAGCCAAAUGCAACAUGAACUGUCCUGAUAAAAAAAAAAGUUCCUAUCUUUUUUUUCCCUUAACUAAUAAUUCUCUAUCAGAAUGCUUUAUAUCAUCUCAAAUUUACUUCUUAAAAUAAUUGACUGUCUGUUUUGGAGGUUUGGGAUUUGUAGGAAGAGUGGAGAGAGCCCGGAGUCCCUCUGCAGCCCCUGCCGUGUCCCUGUGUGGACCUUGCCAGUGCGGGGCGCUUCGCAACUCACGAGCUGCGCCUUCUGCACAUGUCCCUGCGUUUUCCCGAGCGCCCCCUUUCUGCCCCGGGACCCCACGUCCCAUUUGGUUGUCACGUCUCCGUAGGCUCCUCUCGGCUCUGACAGCUUCCCGGACGUUCCUCGUGCCCGACGACCUUGACAGUUCCGGAGGGUCCUGGCGGGGGAGUUGUGGCUCCUCUGUUGGAAUCUGGCGGGUGUUCUUCUCACUGGGAUGACGGGUGUUGGGGGGGGUGCUGCAGAAGAGCGCAGCUUCAGCCACCGUGUCGCGGGCACGCGCCGCCCCCCCCGCUGUGGGACGGUGGCGGCGCCCUUGGCCGCCCGCCGGGCGGGGUCUGCCGGUGCCCCGCGUCCUGGCCUGGCUUUGGAGGGACGUCACUGCGCGCGGCCCCCGCACCGGCUCGCGCCGCUGUCCCGCCGGGGCCUUGUGCUGCCGCCUUCGAAACUGACCUGGGAGGGACUCGCGCCCCGAUUGCUCCGCGAUUGGCCGGGUGGGCAGGAAUCGUCAGCGAGAACGGCGUCUUGUUAGUGUGUUCCGGGCACAGACUCUGCACAUCCCCAGCCAUGAGUAUUUUUUUAAAUUGUUAUUUUAGGAAGGGUGUUUGAGAAACCAUUUGAGAACCCCCGUCAAGACUGUAUAAAAUAUUUGCUGAAGUCAGAAUUUAGUUUUCAGUUUAAAAAAGUCCUGGAAGGGGUUUUGUUAAAAACAUUGCUUAAAAAUAAGGUAAAGAAAAUGGCCAAGUCUUUCUUUUUUUAAAGUACAUUCCAGAAUCUGAAUGGGUAUGUUUUAUUUGGGACAGUUAUUCGUUCGUGUUUAUGAAGGAAGACAAAUCUUGUUUUCCUUAUAAGGAUGGACUUUGUAUAUAUUAAAAAAAUUUUUAAUCCUCUUUUUAACAUGAAAGUAAAACUCGAGGUUCUUGUCAGAUUUUGCCUUUAUAUGCUCAUUACAAAAUUCCAUUUUGCUUUAUUGAAGUAUGUAAAACAGAAGUUCAUUUAUCAGAAGGGCUGUUUUAAAUGAGAAGGAAAAUCUGUCACUCUGGUUGUUAAUCUGCUGAGCAAAUGUUCGUCAUACUUUUUGAAAAGAAUGUACAGCAGCCCUUUAAUAUGAAUACUGGAAUGAGAUAUUCUUUUUCUUCAGAAUUCGUGGUCUGAAGGAUGGGAUAAUUGUGAGUGUAGCAGAGGCAAAAUCUGGGUUUUAGUCCAUUUCCUGAAUAAGCUUCACGGCCUCAGAAGCGGGAGCUCUUUCUCUGCCUUCCCGCCACGUCCCCAGACACCUGGGGGCGCUGCUGUGCGCGUGAGAGGGCAGCCACCGACACGUGCACUUGUGUCGGGCUGUUCUAAACUGGACGCGUGCCUUAUUUUACCACACUAAGUCAGCUGUUCGAUUCCACGUUGAAAACAAAAAGUCUACAUGUGAUUCCUGGAAAACAACACAAAAGACUAGUAGCAAGUAUUAGUAUUUCCAACCAUUCCCGUUCUGAGUCUUCAAAGUCUGAUCUUAAACGAGCCUUCCCAGGACCGCGGUGAAUGCGGGGAGAAUGAAGUGCAAGCGAGUUCUGGAGGAUAAGUAUCAUCUUAGUUUCUCCUGGGUUCCUACUUUCUGUUGUAACUAAACCAAGCAUUUGUAUAUUCCCCUGCUGUUUGAAUUCCUCCCCUGCCCCACCUCGAAGGACUACACCUGUUCUCUGACAGAAUCGCAUAAAUGAGCAAGACCUUUGGCUCCGGUCCGCGGUCUCUCUGUGGCCUCCACACAGAGUCACGAUUCUCCCUGAAUCUCACUCUGACUUUUAUCUUUUUCCCUUAGAUGUUGCACCCGUGGUAUUUCAGGGGCUAAAGAGUAUGUGUGGAUUUAGGAGCUCUUCUUUGUUAGGUGAGAGUGUUGUUAAGCGGUUUAUUUUAAUGGUUACGUACUUAGCCUAUUUUAGAAAGACACCACGAUAUAGCAUGAUUACUCUUCUGAUUCAAAAUUAAAAGCUCAUUCAUUUGCGAAAUAGUGCUUGACUCUCUGCCCAGUCCCAGGCAAGGCACUGUGACUGCAGACGCCGGGACGCAAAGGAAUUGACCUAGUCCCUGCUCUGAAGGAACCAAUUAAAAGGAAAAAGAAUUGCAAAUCUCUGUUAAUGAUAAUGAUAAUAUAUUUUGCUUGAAAGUUAUUCAGCCAAGAUUCUAUCACCAAAAAGAAGUCUUUUAAAACUGCUUAAUCUGAAACAUGCUCUGAGUACAGAACCAUUGUAGCAUUUCUGAUUUCGUUCACUCUCUUCCUCUGUUCUACGAAGUACAGUAAUGCUGCUAUCUGGGACGCCUGCUUUUAAAGGACAGAUCCAGAGACUCUUAGAAAUGAAGUGUUCUUGUUUAUCUGAUUGGUCCCACGCUGCUCAGCCGAACCAGGUGGCCAGGCUCCUUUGCUCGGCUUAGGGCCCUUCCGGGGGAGCGGAGUGGGGUGAGUGGAUGCGUGUGGGUGGGAACCUAGUCUUUACCAUCUUUAUCUUGGUAACAGCAUUCUCUAGAAACAGUUCCCCACCCCAGACUAAAACCGUGUGUGACAGUGAUGUGGUUAGAUUCUGUGCUCACAUCCUCAUCAACAGGGCCCAGGAGCUUACAGAUUAGUUGUUUCUGAAAUCAGGUGGAGAAGCAGACUGCUGAUCAAGAGGACAAAACUGUGACUAUUCUCAUUCGUCGAUCAUACUUUUCUCGAAAAUCUGGAUUUUCAGGAAAAGAUUAUUUCCAUGAAGAAAUUUUCUAAUGUGAAUUCCAUUUUGUUUAGCAUUAAAGAUAUGGAUUCUGGGUAGAUAUUUGUAGAUCAGAAUAUAAAUUUAAGAAUGUAAAAUGAAUACCCAGAGCUAAUUCCCCCAAAGCACUUCUUAUGAUAGGAAAUGGGUUUUACAGACUGUGUCAGCGUUGACAUCUUUCCUGUGUCGGGCCCAGGAACUUGUCAGCGUCUGUUUCUUAAAGCUUGUUGUUUUGAGCAAAUCAGUUAAUAUUGUGAUUUGGUCAACAUAGAGAAUUAUAUGUAUUUAGAAAGAAGCAUAUUUAAUUUUGAGAAUAAUAGGAUUUUGUGCAAUAUUUUUUUCUUGCAUAAUUUAGUUCAUAUAAACAUGCACAUCUGCUUUUCCAGCAGGUGCCUUAAGGUCAAGUUUUUUCAGUAUUUGUGUAAUACUGUAUGUAGCAAUGUUCUAUGUGAUUUUAGAAAAAAAGUAUUCUUUAUACUAUCGGCAGGAGAAAUGUUUUUGUUUAUUUAAAAUAAUUAUGAAUUAUGAAUAUUGCAUUAUUAUAUCACGACUAACUGCCUCAGCAGCAAUAAAUAUGCAAUAAGAAAAUCCUGAACCUUAGGUUAGCAUUGACGGCACUGUUACUUCAGAAGAAAUGUAUAUAGUCCGAAGUGCUGACUCUCAUGUGUACUUUGAACCAACAUUCAGUCCUGUACCACGUGCAUCUCCACGGCGUUAUGUGGCGAUGACAAAACACGUGUCAGCUCUAAGAGCCCUUGUGGUGAGUCUUUGGUCAUAAGAUUUAUGAAGGGCAUUGCCGAUACUUUUUGACUGUCUGUAAAUUAAGUUAAUUUUUGUAUGAUGUACAGUUUGUUUAACCUUAGAGCUUCUAUGGAUUUCUACCUUUAUUAUACUUGAAUGAGGCAGAAAAGCACUGUGGGAAACCUGUAGCUCUGGGUGAGAUACACAGACAUACCAAAAAAAAUCAAACAAGGUACUGAACAGCAAAGACAGCCGGAUGCUUUCCAUCCAGACAGCUCUGCUUUUUCAAACCGUACUUCAGUUAAGCCAAGUAACUUAAAAUACACAGUCUUUUAAGAGUCACAAAUGAUUACCUCUUUGAUGCUAUAAACCUCUGAGUCUCCUCGUCUGUGUCACCCCAUGUCUCAGCAGAGAGCCUUGUUGAGGUACACUGACAAAUGCCCCCUUUGGUUCAUUUUGUGACAUCGAGGCCAGGACAGAGCUAGAACCCUAUGCAUGGUAAGCGCACCCAUGUGUCAAGUCACCAUCCCUCAGAGAGUGUCUUUUCCAUAUGGUUAUUUUGAGAACCACUUAAUAAUCAUAUACAAAAAUGAGAUUUCUUGAUAACCUGUUAUGAUUUAGUACUUAAAGCAACGCCUAAAACAGCAAAUGAGUAUAAACUGCACGAAACCUACAAUUUAAAAUGCACCAAGCGUUUUUACACAAAAGGUACAUGAGAGGUUAAAAUGUGAACUUUUCCAAAGCUUACUUCUCUUCAAGUGAACAACCGUUUGAAAGGACUGACCAUCCAGAGCUUUGUGCUACACGUGGUGACAGGUGUCUGUGCAAAGCUCCCCGGCACCGAGACACGCUUCCUUCUUGCAUCCUUGAGACUGCAGCCUAAGUCACCUCUGAAGCCGACUACUAUUGGGAGGACAUUGUGCAUAGAAGUCUUGUUUGGGGAAUUAAAAAAAUAUAUAUGCAAAAGUAAAUGUUGGAUGAAUGACACAUUACCAUAAAGUGCCCAACAAUGCAGGUUUAAAAUAAAAUUGGUCAUAAUCAAAA